UUAAUGUAUUUUGUUUCUUUUUCUUUUUUUCCCAGCACGUCCUUACUCUGGCACUACGAAAUGCUCCAGACUUGUGUGUAUUUCUUGCUCCACCAUAGAAUCAGCCAUUUCUACAAAUGUCGCUGGUUUCUUUUAUGGAGAAUGACAUUGGAAACCAAGAUCUGACUACUAAGUGUGUUCUUUGCUACUGGGUUGUCAUUUCUCUUAAGGCUUCCAAGCUGACAGAGCAAAUGAGUAUAUGACACAUCUGAUUUUUUAUUUGACUGUGGAACUCUGUAUCUAUAUACACUUGCAAUUCUUAUCAAGUAAAAAUACAUUAAAGAUAUCAACAACCACAGACGUAUACACCCGACAAGAACCGCUGUAUAUUCUAGCACAUCAUUUAUUGGACCAACAAAUACAUGGCAUCUGGCAAGGAAUUGAAAAGUGGCUUGUCUAUCUGGAAUACAGGGAGGUAGGAAUUGAAAUGGGAUGGGAAGAGUCAUCUGUAUGCAGAGGAGGUAUAAAGUCAUGCAAAUGGAUAAGAUUUCAAGAAGAAAGAAGAAAAAGGCAGGCUCUGAGUUUGGAGAGUUGAAUGAGCCUACAGAGAUAAUGAAGUUGUUGCUGGAGAGCCUCCAUAACUUCUGUUGAGAAAUCGGCCUUAAUCUUAUUGAUGAUGACUUUCACGUGAUCCCAGAUAUCUGCCUCUAGAUCCCAGAUGAGCACCAGUUGCAGCAGUCAAACAUCAUCUAUCUGUAUAUCAAGAUAAAUUAUGAAAGGAUUAUAUACCACCUGUCUAAAUGACAAAGAGAAGAAAGGU